GCAAGGGCAAGGCGAGGGCCUCCCUUGCUUUCCCUCCAUGCCUUGUUCAGGUUUGGCCAGUUCGGGCCCCGAAAAGGAGCGGCCUCAUUGGGCGCCGCCUCAGCAGCUGACUGACUGGGGAAGGAAGGAGGGAGGGGAGGAAGGGAGAAAGAAAGAAAGAAAGAAAGAAAGAGAGGAGAAAGGAGGAAAGAGAGAGAAGAGGAAGGCGGCCGGGAUGGCGCGCGACGAGGAGAACUAUUACGGCAAGCACGGAACACCUCAAAAGUAUGAUCCAACUUUCAAAGGCCCUAUUUAUGACAGGGGCUGCACAGAUAUCAUCUGCUGCAUCCUGCUCCUGGUUGCUAUUGUGGGCUACGUUGCUGUGGGAGUUGUCGCAUGGACACAAGGAGACCCCAGGAAGGUGAUCUAUCCAACAGACAGCCGCGGCCAGUUUUGUGGCCAGAAGGGAACACCUAAUGAGAACAAACCUUUCUUGUUCUACUUCAACAUCAUGAAAUGUGCCAGUCCUUUGGUCCUACUGGAAUUCCAGUGUCCCACCACACAGAUCUGUGUAAGCAAAUGCCCAGAUCGAUAUCUCACCUACCUACAAGCCCACACAACUGACCUCAUGGCUUCUGGGGACCUUAAAUACUAUCAGCAGUUUUGCCUCCCAGAAUUUAAAGAUCUGAGAAAGAGUCCACCACAAGUUUUGAAAGAUGGUGACUGCCCAGCCAUGUUGACUCCAAGCAAGCCCUUGGCUCGCAGAUGCUUACCUGCUAUCAGUGCUAAGAAAGGAGUCAUAAUGGUUGGAAAUGAGACCACCUUUAAUGAUGGACGUGGGAAGACAAGAAAUGUGACAGAUCUCGUAGAAGGGGCCAAAAAGGCGAAUGUGGUUCUUGAAGCAAGACAAGUGGCAAUGAAGAUCUUUGAAGAUUACACCGUUUCCUGGUACUGGAUAAUAAUAGGUCUGGUGAUUGCCAUGGUGGUCAGCCUCAUCUUUAUUGUCCUUCUCCGGUUCCUGGCAGGGAUCAUGGUCUGGGUGAUGAUAGUGCUGGUGAUCCUGGUGCUUGGAUAUGGUAUCUUCCACUGUUACAUGGAAUAUGCCCAGCUCAAAGGACAGGCUGGUUCUGACGUCACCUUGAGCGAGCUUGGAUUCCAGACAGAUCUCCGUGUUUAUCUCCACCUGAGACAAACCUGGCUGGCCUUCAUGAUCAUCCUCUGCAUUGUGGAGGUUAUCAUCAUCUUGCUCCUCAUCUUCCUGCGCAAAAGGAUCCUCAUUGCCAUUGCACUGAUCAAGGAAGCCAGCAGGGCUAUUGGUCACGUCAUGACAUCCUUGCUGUUUCCCCUCUGCACUUUCUUCCUGGUGUGCCUCUGCAUCGCUUACUGGGCGAGCACAGCAGUUUUCUUGUCUACCUCUAACGAAGCUGUCUACAAGGUAUUUAACGAGACGGAGUGCACUUAUGCUGGAAAGACCUGCAACCCAGAGACCUUCAAUACUUCCAACAUCACCAAGCAGUGCCCAGAUGCCCGUUGCCUCUUUGCCUUCUAUGGUGGUGAGACCGCCUACCACAAGUACCUCAUCAUCUUCCAGAUCUACAAUGUUUUCAUGUUCUUCUGGCUGGCCAACUUCGUCAUUGCCUUAGGCCAGGUCACACUGGCUGGAGCCUUUGCCUCCUACUAUUGGGCCUUUAAGAAACCAGAUGACAUGCCUGCAUUCCCCCUCUUUUCUUCCUUUGGCCGAGCACUCAGGUAUCACACAGGCUCAUUGGCCUUUGGGUCUCUAAUUCUAGCUAUCGUCCAGGUCAUUCGUGUUAUUCUGGAAUACUUGGAUCAUAGGCUAAAAGCUGCUGACAACAAGUUUGCCAAGUUUCUUUUGGUCUGUCUCAAGUGCUGCUUCUGGUGCCUGGAGAAGUUCAUCAAGUUCUUGAAUAGAAAUGCAUACAUCAUGAUUGCUAUUUAUGGCACCAAUUUCUGCACCUCAGCAAGAAAUGCCUUUUUCCUGCUUAUGAGGAAUAUAAUCAGAGUGGCUGUUCUGGACAAAGUCACCGAUUUUCUGCUUUUCCUCGGCAAACUCUUGAUUGUAGGAAGUGUUGGGAUACUUGCCUUCUUCUUUUUUACCCAUAAGAUAAAAGUGAUACAAGAUACAGCGCCACCUCUCAACUAUUACUGGGUCCCCAUUCUGACCGUAAUUGUGGGCUCCUAUCUUAUAGCCCAUGGAUUCUUCAGUGUGUAUGCCAUGUGUGUGGACACCCUCUUCCUUUGCUUUUGUGAAGAUCUGGAAAGGAAUGAUGGAUCUCCUGAGCGGCCUUAUUACAUGUCCCCUGCACUGAGUGAAAUCCUGCUGAAGGGGAGCCUAGAAUCUUCCAAAAGUGCCGAGAGCCAAGAAUAGGGGCAAGACAAGGGCACCAAGAGGGAAUGGUGCAAACACGCUGCAAGUGUCCCACACCUCUAUGCAGUGACUCUUCCUCUGUGGCUGCCCUGAUUCCUGGUGCAAACCUUCUGAUUUUGACGUUCUGGGAAAGUGUGAAGGUCACUUGUGGUGGGAGAUUGUGGUGGUAUGUUUUGGGAAAGUGUGAGGGUUGCUUGUUGUGGGAGAUUGUGGUGGUAUGUAACCUGUCUCUGCCCAGCAAAGAUUCAACCACCAAAAGAUAAGAGCUGGAACUGGAGGCUCUUUAUACGUUGAUCAGUGCUCUCCUUCUCCACUGUGGCACAACUCAGGGUUGUCUUUAGCUUUCCUCAAGGUGCCAUCUUCGUAGCAAGGUUGGCUCUUUAAACAUAGCUACAUAAUCAAGAUUAAGAUUAUUGGUACAAGAGAGUGCUGUAAACACACGUCAGGUAUUUUCUGCAUUUUUGGAUCUCUUUGAUUAGGCAGAGCUGGGGAAGAGCCAUUCUGUUUGGGAAUUUCAAGCAUGGCUGUUGGAUGGUUCCAGAAGGAGGCAGGAAAUUCAGAGAUAUUGAUGGGUGCUCUUUCUUUCUUUGUGAGUGGCUGUGGAGGGUUCAUUUCAUUCUGGUUGAGUAAGGAACUUCCAGGUUGCACAGGAUCCUUUUUCAGAAAGAAAUAAGUGGAAGAGAAAUUGCCUGUCUUUGUUCUGAAACUUUAAAAACUUCAUAAAUCUUUCUAUAUAGAGUUGAGUAUGUGUUCAACCAAAGCCUGUUUCUCCCAGUACCUAGAAACGUAUGGAAUGUACAUAUCUUCAUUUAUACUUUCUUACUCUGACGCAUAGCGGUGUUCUGUGCAACCUGAAAGCCUGCUGUCCUUUUAGUGAACUGUUCUGAAGCUCUAGCAUGCCACUGAAAGUAUUGCUGCUUGCAGAAUUCUCUGACCCAAAUACUGUUGUAUUUGCUUCUUUUAAACUUUUAUAAAGCUUGUUUUGAUGCAAAAA